CAUCCAUCCAUCCAUCUAUCUAUUUCUGUCAGCCCUGUCCGCCAGACCCCUCACCGAGCUCCCCAGCACCACUACACAACACACACGCACAGUGAGAGAUGGGCAAAGGCGGCCCUGUACCAGCUUACUACCCAAGUCUUGGCGACAUCCUACAGCCUGAUGCGGCUAUGUGGAAUGUGGAAGAGGCGCCCACCUUGGACUACAUGUUUGACCAAAGCUACAGACACCACUGCUGGUCCAGCACAGACCACGAGGAGCCCUCCAACGUUUGCAGGGACGAUGACCUCACCAAAGAGUCGCAGGAGGAGGAAGAGGUUGCUGACCUCCGCAGUUGUUCCUUCCCGGGCAUGGCCGCAGAUCUGAACAAUUCGGCGGCGGAUAGCAGCAAGAUAUCCUUGUCAUCUCUGACGCCUUGCUCCCUCGCUAGUAACUACCUCACCAACGGGGAGCAGAGAGGAGAGAAAAUGGACGUUGAAACAUCACAUGAGGAGAGGAUGGAAGCACCACGAGAGACUGACGAGACGAGUAAUGCUGUGAGAACUAUCUCCGAGUCUUCGUCUUUGAUGGAAGUGGACGACAUCCGAUCAUCAAUCACUGAUGUUAUUGACAACGUCGCUGAUGAUGGUGGUGGUGGUGGUGGUGGUGGUGGUGGUGGUGGUGGUUGGAGUGGUGGUGUCUACAGCGUCGAUGGUAUGGUGCCUGUUGCUGCAGACGCAGCUGAAGGAUGUCAUGAUGAUGACGAUGAAGGUGGUGAUGCUGCUGCUGCUGCUGUUGUUGCUGUCGAUGAUGUUGGGAACGGCGUUUGUAGGGAUGGCGGUGCUGGUGCAGACUGUUGCUACGUCUCAGGAGGGAGAGAGACGCCAUGGGAGCCGGGUGGAGCGGAGACAUUGGAAGGGGUCGAAAAUCGGAAUGAGAAAAUCCCGAGCGCCAAAAGAUCGCUGCAACAUGUAAAAGAACACACGGGUUCUGGUGAGGACAAAGAUGACAUUUCUUCCGAAGGAUCAGGCUCUCGUGUGCAUCUGCUCAAACAUAGACUUCAUUCUGCCUUGACCUUGUCCGACCUCUCGAGUCCUUCUGCCCAGGGCUUGACUGACGUCACUAAACACCAACUGUCUUCAUCAAGUGUAACUGUCUCAAAAGAUCCUUGUCACGUGAUAUCUAAGACCUACAGCAAAAACUUCCCCAGGCAGAGCGCUUCCGGUUCGGCAGACGCGACGGGUCGCACGAUGGCGGACGUAGAGAGUAUUCCACGAGAGCGAAGCUCGGGAUGUACCGCGUGCACAUACUCCGAGAGACCUUGUCAUGAACCAAACUCUAACGAAGAUGUUGAAUAUCAGUCAGAAAGCAUCCAAGUGAAGUUGUCGCACUUGAACCUAUGUCCCUUGGAGUGUCCUUCUAUGAGUACAGAGGCAGCGGAGUCUGGCUUGUGUGAUGAUUUGAGUAGAAGAAGUGCUGGAGUUAAUGUUGCUAUGAUCUCUAGAAGUUAUCAAUCAAAUUCAAAUCUCAUGACCACACAAAAUCUGGAAACUUUUUCUACAACGCAGACGGAAACCAUAUAUUUGACUCCAGAUUUACCAAAAGGACAAACUUUUGGGGCAGUUCACAAAGUGGACGGAGGAGAAAAUAAGGACAGGAACAUUGCAACUCAAGAACAAGUCGUUUUUGAGUUUGAGGCAACAUUCAUGUCUGGAGACAUUCAAGAGGACAAGAUGGGUCCAUUUCAUGAUGCGGGAACCUCAGUGUUCCAGGAGGCUGGGGUAUUGGAAGGAUCCAAGAUUCAAGACAAGCUCUCUGGUCUCAACGACUCACAGUGCGGGUCUGUUUCGGUUUGCCUUGAACAGAAAAACGCCACCGUGGCGAGGAUCUCAUCCUGUCCAGAGCUGCUUAUUUGUCGUGAUUCCGAGAUUUACGGCAAGAGUGCAAACGUAAGCGGAGACGACAACAAACUGCCUGUCCCAGCCCUCGUGGAUUCCGACGCGUAUCAGGGAUCAGCAGUCCGAGAAAGAACGCGUGUUUCUCACAGAGUAAAGACUAACCAUGCGUUAUCAGAAAAUCUUAACUCUCGGCCAAGGUCAGGACACGAGGGGGACUUUGCAGAAGAAAGGAUGAAAGGUCAAGUCCAGACGCAGUUAGAAGCUGGCGAUUCCACAGUGGACAAAAAACGCGCCAGCCAAUCUUCAGAUGGAAUUGUGGAGAAAAAAAGAAAAGACACUUGUUCAAAAAGUGGCAGGAGAAGCAUGUCUCCGGGAAUAAAUGCGCGCGCAAAUAGAAAGCAAUCAGUUAGAGAUCGAUCGCGCUCUAGAGAAAGGAAGAAGGAGAGUAAAGGACCCUUAGGAAUGCCCCACCUAGGUAGUAAAUAUUACAGACGCGCAUUAAGUCUACAGGUUCAUAGCGCAUCGUACCCUGUCAUGCAAUACAGUCUUCAGAGAUCGUUGACAAUUUCCUCAAGCAAUGCCCAAAACGUGCCUAGCUUCACGGAUUCUGCGGCGACAGAGAAAGACGUGAAUGUAGUAGACUUAGGGUCAAUGCAGGAAGAUAUGUCUUCUCUAGGCGAUAUCCAGCAGGGCCGUUUCGCUUCAAAGACAGACAACGUCAGUUUCCGCGUGGGUUGUCCAGAGAAUGGUCAAGUCAAAGGGUUUCAAGAAAAGCAAUCUUCUUUUCAAUUGCGGAAACGAGUAUUAUCGCGUCAAAACACAAUGGAAACUGUGAUGGAACAAGAGGUUGAACAAAGUCCAACCAUCACACCUCAGAAAAUAUCCAACUCAAUCGACGACUCAAAUGCUGUAGAAGAGAAGGGUACGUCGGUGUUUGCCCAGUAUAGCCUGGUCUCUGCCUGUGCCCAAGUCUCUGGCCCUCACCCAAAUACGAUCCAGUCUUCUGAUACAGUAGUCAAGCGGACCUCACGAGAGAUUGGACUAAAGACAGUUUUUCAUUCCCCGCCAAAACCGUCGCAAAGACAGGGCACUUUCGAAACCAACUCUUUUCUGAAUCUGAGAGGUAAAGUCUGCAGGAGGCAAAAGUCGUCCGUAGGGGUAAAAUCUACGACAUCCCAAACGUUAGUUCGGAAACCAAACAGAUUAAUGUCCAAAGAAGAACCUUUGCCCCCUGUGUCGCUGGAGAGAUGGGGAUUCAAAACGCGUCACGUCGGUGCUGAUCCUUCUUGUGAUGCUCCCACAAAAAGGGUGAAUCCAAAGUUAUCUGAUCACGUGAACUCUAUCAGAUGUACCAAGCUUAAGAAAAAGAAGAGUUGGGUAAGAGCUCAAAAGACUUCAAGGGCGAAGACUGUGGUUCGAUUUGGUCACACUUCUGGUCCGACAACAACUGAAAAUGAUAACGGGAAAAUGGGUUCGGAUUUAAACACAGUCAUACGGUUUCCCCGAACAAAGUCCUUUACAAAGAGGGGUAAUGUCCCAAAGGUGAAGAAUAUUGCCCUAUCCAACUACAUUUCCAAUUUCAAUAUGGACCAGAAGGCUAACAAAAUUACGAAAACAAUUCGGAAAGCAGCUGAACAAUUUUCUCGAGCAGAAUUCUCCCAAAAGGGAGAUAACCGGGUAAAUUUUCCAACGAAUGAGGGCUAUCUCCCUGUCGUCCAAAUCCAGUCUUUUGAGGCUGCUGCUGCUCCUGAACUGUCAAAUGGCAGUGAUAAUGACAGAGAUAAGCGGAUAAUUCAGGAUGGCGUACGACAGGCAGCGACAAAUCCGCCCAGGUGUGAGAAACAGAGACCUCGAAAUAACAUCCCGGCAAGAAGAGCACCAAGCAAAAACAUUAAUCAAGUUCAAGCAGUUUCCAAAAGACCAGCUGCAAUUUAUACUGAACGUGAAACAAAAUCUGGGGGCGACAAAGCCAAAAAGAGACGUCGUGGUCUAUGGGAAGGACCCGCCAGACUCCACGCCAGUGCGACCGCUGAUUGCCAGAUUGGGCUGAUCAAAAGUCCGAAGAAGAGUAGAGCAGAGGACCUAACGUUGUUCCCUCACCGCGUCACGUCAACAGGACAUUACUACCCCUCUAAGAACGUCAUCUGCAUCACCGUGAAACCUUUGAACUGCUGCAUCAGCAGAGAAAAUUUGGAGCUUCAGGUACGGGUUCACUGUCAAGAUCACAAACCGGAAGCCACGAAGAGUUCCAACAGACGACCGUUCUUGCCUCCGGGCAGACGACUCAAAAAAAUUGUUUAGAUAUCUACAAUCUAGGGAGUCUGAGAGUACACUCUUGUCAUAGCGCCCCCUGGAUAGGUUUGUUUGAGUUAAAGUGUUGGGGGGGGGAGGUGUGGCUGAUGGGAAUAUUAUCUCAAUUUUUAAUUUAUU